GGAGCCGCACGGAAGCAAUUCCGGGAGCGAUGUGGAUUGGCCGCCACCAGCCGUGUUAGGCCAGCACGGGGUGGAAGGUGCUGGAAGCCGGACACCGGGGCCGGGGCCAGAGCGGGCUGGAAUCGUGCAGUUGGAUCGUGCUGAAACUAACAAAAGAUGAGAGUCACUAAUCCAGCGGGGAUGUGUUUGAGCCAGUCUGUUCCCACAGUAGCUCGGCGCCGCAGGUGGAAGCGCAAGACCAUGUUGGUACUGACUGAUGUUUCAGGAGCCAAGCAGCUGAGCGUGCUCACGCGACGUUGCUGCUUACUUGCCCCCUGUCGCCGCAGAAUGAAGAGACCACGCCUCAGACACAACACAAUAAAUGCCGUUGAAUGGGAAAGUGCCAAAGAAAAGUGUGAGGAUGAUGAAAAUCUGCAAUCAAAUACUGGUGAACUACACAAGGAAGAAAAUAAAACUGAGCCCCCGUCUCAAAACUUGGAGGAAAAGGUCAACAUUUCAUUAAAAAAGAGCAGGACUUUAAUAGAGCAGGCAAAUGGAACUGAGGAGAAAGAGGAAGGAAUCGAGCAACAGUGUUUGAAUGCCGGCUUGUUUACAAUUAAUGGUGGGCUCAAUGGUGAACCAUUUGAAGAUCUUGUUGACAAUGGCACUGCAUCCUCUGAAGUCAAUGCAAGAUUUUGUUUCACUGCAAUUAACACUGGGAAUGAACAAAGUAUAGUCCUCAUGUCACCAUCACAGAUACUGACUUUUCGAGGAAGAUGUCAAGUAACAUGCCUGUAUGGGAGUGUCCAGGUAUUUGGGUUUACAAUUAGAGAGGGGCAGCCCACAUACCAUCUGUACUCUUUACCAACACAUGCUGCGCUGAGCAUCGAGGCUCUGCCUCAUUGUAAACCAGGCCUGACGAAGCGUGAGAUGAAAAUGGAAGUGAAAUCAGUUCUACGACACCAUGUAGCAGCAGCUUCAAGACAUAUUUUGAUGAAGGAGGUAACAUCUUCGAGCUCAGUCCUGCUGUUGGAGCAUCUUGAUAGCCCAGAAACACUCUUUCUGUCCAACAUCUCUGACUACAAGGAAAUAUUUGCAUCACAUUCAAAAGGGAUGAUUUCUGGGAAAGUUGCAUUCAAUGAAUGCGCAGCAUUGGCGUCUAUUGGGGUAGUUGUUCUUCCCGAUGAUCAGGGGAUGAAUAUGUCCGAAAGCUGGACGGCCACUGUGCAGGAACUUGUAAAGACGUGUCUUGAAGAUGACAAUGGGUAUCCUGUCAUCUUGACAUGUGGAGGAAAGAAUGUAGGGAAGUCAACCUUUAACAGACAUCUCAUGAACUCGCUUCUGAAUCACAUUCCAUGUGUAGAAUUUCUCGAACUUGACGUAGGUCAGACGGAAUUUAGUCCCCCUGGCUGCAUGGCACUAAACUUGGUGACAAAGCCUAUUUUCAGUCCUCCUUACAUGCAUCAGUGUGAACCGCGCAAGAUGGUGUAUUAUGGUAAUGUGCUCUGUGAUCAACACCCAGAUCGAUAUAUGAACAUUGUGAGGUACCUCUUUGCAGAGUACAAGAAAGAGGCUCCACUAGUCAUAAAUACCAUGGGCUGGUUCAAAGGAUUUGGCUUGUCUGUUUUGAUUGAUCUGAUCCGUUUUUUGGCACCAACCCAUGUGGUACAGCUGGUCGCCACGAGGGGGAGCCAAGACUUUGUGCUUCUGACAGCGGACUUUGUGCAGACAGCUGCAGGGUGGCAGACCAAGGGGAAACACCAAAUUCAGCAAAAGCCCGCGAACCUCAAAUUGUCCUCAAACUCCUCAUCUUCAGAUGAGGAGAUGCAAAUGCACGUGGGACUCCAGGGACACAAAUGGAUGUGCAUUCAUUCUGAGUUUCCUGGAGUGGAAGAUGGAAGAUGUUCAAAAUCCCGCAGCAAUGUGCUGAGAGAUUUGGCUCUUCUGGGUUCUUUCAGCCACCUGCAGUCAUUGGACAUCCGCCACCCCUUAUCCUUGCACAGUAUGUUGCCAUAUCAGGUGCCAUUUAAUGCAGUCGUUCUACAUGUGUUGCACUGUGAUGUGACACCCACACAUAUCUUGUAUGCAGUCAAUGCUAGUUUGGUGGGUCUGUGCAGAAUACCAGGUGGUGUCAAGACCCAUGCAGAUGGACCCGUAUUACUCUCUCAGUCUCCAAUAUGUGAUUGCUUUGGUGUUGGAAUCAUUCGUGGAAUUAAUCUGGAAAGGAGAUUGUAUUACAUACUGACUUCCAUUCCUGUAGCGAAACUGAAGCAGGUUAAUUGUUUGCUUGUGGGUGCAGUCACCAUCCCCAAUUCUGUCUUCAGAAAUCAGGCUGGCGUGACAGGAGAGGUGCCAUACUUGACAUCUGACUAUUCUUUUACUCUUUCUGGCGCUGGAAGGAUUAAACCUUGUUGUCCUUUGAGGAGGCGCGAGCAUCCUAAAGCUGUGUCAUAAUGGGGGUAAAUACAUAUUCAUAAGGAAAUGUAUACAUGCAAUGCUUGUAAUGUGGUUUAAUAGGCACUGUGCCUUAGGGUCAGGGGAUUAAAGUUCAAUGCAGUAAAUGUAAGAGCCUGCAGACCCUUUAUAACAUUUAUUUAUAAAGGGCCUGUAGACUUUUUUAUUUAUUUUGGCCACAUUUCUGUUUAUUCUUCCACUGCCCACUCCAACUUUUCCUGUGAUAGAAACAAAAUGCUGGAGUAACUUCUCUGGAGAGAAAGAAUGGGUGAUGUUUUGGGUCGAGACCCUUCUUCAGACUCUACGUUUCCCUGUGUCAGGCUCUGGUUGGAUUCAGAACUGGAUGGGGAUUCUUCAUUUUAAAGUUGGAGACCAAGCAUUUGUUUUAAUAAAGGGUUACUUGGUACUAUAA